AUGGCUCAGAUUAAUGAGUUUACCAUCAAACUGUGUUCAUUCGGAUACUCUUUUGGUGUUUCUCAAGAUAUGGAUUUAUUGUAUUCUAUUCGUCAUUUACCAAUGACAAAUGUUGAAAACUAUCAACGGUAUGAUGGACGUCAUAAACGUAUCCAAAACGAACUAUUAUCUAUGCCGGAAUAUGAAAACAUGAUCAAAUCCAUUAUGGAUCAAUUGAUGAACUUUGUCUCGAAUCGUAAAAGUUCAUCGAUAUCAGUAGCAGUUGGAUGUGAAGAAGGUCAACAUCGAUCAGUGGCUGUUGUUGAACGAUUGGCUGAAUUACUAAGUGUGACCUGUCAUGUCGAAGUUAAUCAUCGAGAUUUACAAAGAACGAGAUAUGAUAAGAAGAAGCAGAGAGAAAGAAUAACAAAAAGAGAUACCAAAUAUAAUCAAUAUGAUGAAGAUUGCUAA